GAGUGUGAUUAGGGCUCUCUCUCAGUUGUUGAAGCCGCUUAUUCUUCUUCUUCGCUGUUGGUCGUCUUCGCCACCAUUUAAAGAUCCCUAACCAUGGCUGUCGGGAAGAACAAGAGGAUUUCCAAGGGCCGUAAAGGAGGAAAGAAGAAGGCUGUUGAUCCUUUCUCCAAGAAGGAUUGGUAUGACGUGAAAGCUCCUGCUUCAUUCACCGUGAGAAAUGUUGGGAAGACACUUGUUUCAAGGACCCAGGGAACCAAGAUUGCCUCUGAGGGAUUGAAACACAGAGUUUUUGAGGUUUCUCUUGCUGAUCUUCAAGGAGAUGAGGAUAAUGCUCACAGGAAGAUCCGUCUCAGAGCUGAAGAUGUUCAGGGCAGGAAUGUCCUGACCCAAUUCUGGGGAAUGGAUUUCACCACGGACAAGCUUAGGUCAUUGGUGAAGAAGUGGCAGACUUUGAUUGAAGCUCAUGUUGAUGUGAAAACCACAGACAGCUACACCCUUAGGUUGUUCUGUAUUGCCUUCACAAAGAGGCGUGCUAACCAGGUCAAGCGUACUUGCUAUGCCCAGUCCAGCCAAAUCCGCCAGAUCCGCAGGAAGAUGAGGGAAAUUAUGGUGAAGGAAGCUUCAUCCUGUGAUCUCAAAGAGCUUGUUGCCAAGUUCAUCCCUGAGGCCAUUGGAAGAGAGAUUGAGAAGGCGACGCAGAACAUCUACCCAUUGCAGAACGUCUUCAUCCGUAAAGUCAAGAUCCUCAAGGCUCCCAAGUUUGACCUCGGAAAGCUCAUGGAGGUGCAUGGAGACUACACAGCAGAGGAUGUUGGUGUGAAGGUUGAUAGGCCAGCGGAUGAGACAAUGGCUGAGGAACCAACCGAAAUCAUCGGAGCUUAGAGGAUUAUAGACUUGUUUCUUUUUCGUUGGCAAAAAAAAAAAACUAAUGUUCUGUCGCCAUUGUUGUGGAGUUUUUGGUAAUAGAACUCUGCAUCAAUGUGACUGGUUUUGGACUCGUUUUUGAUGGAUUUAUUAUUACUCUUCUUGUUUAUCAUGUUUUAUCUUUUUAUAUUAAAAUAUCUCAGUUCUAUUCUU